AUGGCUAUAAACAUUGCCAAUUGUUGGGAAUUCGGUAUCACCAGGAUUUUGUCCGUCUCAUUAGGCAUCAAGUACACCGAAAGACACCAGCCUUCCGUUUGUUUAAGUCAUCUGCCUCACGGAUUCUGGACAGCCCUCUGGCUUGUUCGCUUUACAAACCUGCCUGUUGGAGGCGCAGGUUGGUCGGCGAAGGGUCCGACGCAACGAGUGAAGGACACGUGCUCUGGGACCGCCAAUGACAGACUCACGGGCAGGGGGCCUCUAAUGUUUGACCUCGUCACUUGGCGAUCUGCUAAAUGCGUACAUUGCGGUCCAGGCAUCGUUGUUCCAACACUGUUGCACCCACGUCUCCUGCGCGAAAUCGUCUUCCAACACGACACCCAGCGUGGUACCUUUCCUUCUCAACCAAGUCGUCCUCCAGCUGCCAACUAA